AUGUCACCAGAACCGUCAAAACCAGCACAGCCUGAACUAACGGAGGAUGAUUUGAAGGGCCUACUUUCAAAAAAAACAUAUGCUGCAUUCGACCAAGGCUAUAAUGGCUAUAAUGGAUGUAAUACUAAUGGAAUUGAUCCGAACAAUACGAUCACUAAAUUGAAGGACGCACUAACUGAUCACCCUCAUCUUCAGAGCGAAGUAGAAAAAAUUGUAAAAGCAUGGUGCAGUGCAUUUCAGGCGGGGUCAGGAUCGAGCACCCCCUAUGCGGGACGUUGUGAAUAUUUUUAUUAUUGGUUAUGGGAUCUAUUAAAGAACAAAUUGAAGGUUCCAUCCCCUUUGGACAUUAUGAAAAAGAUCUACGGAGCAUUUGAGAGUGUUUCUUCUUCUCCUACUACUGCAGAAAGGAAGGAGGGGUGUAAAAAUGUAAACGACAAAAUUAGUGACGAAGAAUUUUUUCCCCAAGUGAAAAUACAUUUCGACUUCUCCAAGGACUACCAAACCUUACAAUCACAGUUAAGGAAUGGUGGUAGUGGUGGUGGUACAAAGACUUGUGACACAACCUAUCACAAACAUCUACAGGCCAUUACUAAAGCAUGCGAAGCAAUAGCCGCAGAUUGUGGGGAAAGGGGACCACAGAAGAGUGGUUCCUAUUGUGGCCCCCUUCAAGCAGCGGGAAGCACGGAGGGAGCAGCUGGACCUUACUGCACGAAGGAGGAACUGCAGAAAUUGCAGUGUCAAGAAGUAACUGAACCACAAACUACAUUACAAGCUACAGAUUUUCAAGUAAACCACGUUUCUUCUAUGGGAGGAGGGGAGGGGGGGUCUGCAGUGGGCGCAGGCCCAAUCGUAUCUUCCACAAUAGGCACACUAAUUGGAAUACCUGCCAUUGCUGCCCUUCUAUAUAAGGUAAAUUUAAAAAAAAAAAGAAAAGAAAAAGAAGAAAAGAAAAUUUUUUUCUUGAAUAUAUAUAUAUAA